CAUCCCCCAGGCCACGAGAGUGCUGCCUGCUGACAGGUCACGGCUAAUUCCCAUCCUAAGAACUGGCAGCACUGCCACCUCAUCCAAGGUAGUGCCCCUUCAUGGCGGCAACCUCAUCCAGGCAGCAGAAGUCUGUGGGCGCAUUCUUCUCGCCUCAGUUCAGGACAUCUCCAGAGGGCUACUUCACCUCCAGGGCAACUUGGAUGGGCUGAGGCCUCUGAACCAACGCAUCACAAUCAACUCUCCCCCUACCCAAUCCUGCUCUCCCUCCUGCCCCCAGUUUGAAGAGGUGCUGAUCCUGAGGCCACAUCCAAUAAAUGCCCUGCCAACAAGUCUGCCUUACAGUCUACUUUUCGGGAAAUCUGACAUUCUAUGCCUAACACUGUAACAAACACAACAACAGCAAAGGCAAGGAGAAAAAUGAACCAGGUCAGGAAGACCAAGAUCCUAGGGGAUUCCACCUAGGAGAAGCCGGUCCUGCCCACCCCCACCCUCCCAAUACUGGGAGUCUAGGUCACAGAAGCAGGAAGUGCUGCUCCUGAGGACAGAGACAUGGGCCCAGCUGGCCAAGCCGUCCUGCUGCUGCUCUUGCUGGGUUCUCUCCCAGGCUCUUUUACCAGAGGGAGAAAUCUGCAGUCAGUGUGUGGACGACCUGCAUACUCUGGCCGCAUUGUGGGUGGCCAAGAUGCUGCCGUGGGGCGCUGGCCUUGGCAGGUCAGCCUACGCUUUGGCCCUAGCCACAUCUGUGGGGGGUCCCUCCUCAGUGAGAGAUGGGUACUGACAGCAGCACACUGCAUCCAACCGUCAAUGACUUUCGCAUAUAGGGUGUGGAUGGGAUCAGUUAAAGCAGAAUUCUCCACUAGCGUCACGGAGUACCUUGUGUCCAAAGUUGUCAUUCAUCCAAAACACAAAAAUUCAAAUGCAGACAUUGCCCUGCUGAAACUGUCCUACCGAGUACCCUUCACUUCUCUCAUCCUGCCCAUCUGCUUGCCCAAUGUCACAAAGCCACUGAAAAUCCCAGCUUCUUGUUGGGUGACUGGAUGGGGACAACUUACGGGAGGUAAAGAUAAAAAUUACCCUUCUACCCUCCAGGAAGUGGAAAUCCCAGUCAUUAACCACCAGGACUGUGAACGUCUCUAUAACCCAAUUGGCAUUUUCUUCCCAUAUCUGGAGCCAGUCAUCAAGGAAGACAUGAUUUGUGCUGGAGAUGUACAAAGAAGGAAGGAUAGUUGCAAGGGUGACUCUGGAGGGCCUCUGGCAUGUCACAUCAAUGGUGUAUGGAUCCAGAUAGGACUGGUAAGCUGGGGUCCAGAAUGCGGUAAAAGUCUUCCUGGGGUCUACACCAAUGUGACCUACUACCAAGAAUGGAUUACUGCCACUAUCUCAAGAGCGAAGUCUUGGAUGCCACCCAUCUGGACUUCUGUGACCUCCUGUCGCUUGCUCUACUAUUUUCUCUGGCUCUCCCGGGACUCUGCUGUGCCUCUGGGCUUGACGUUGUAUUGGGAGAGUGAGCAGCACAGCUGAAGCUGAGGGCAGAGUUCAGAGCUGGGAACACAAGGAGACUGAAUUCCAGCAGCAGAGAACUCAGAGAGUCAUGGAAACCAUGGGGGACUUUGCUUAUAGUCUGAAAUGAUAUUGCUUCUGAAGUUAUGGAUUCUGUAAGUGUCCAAUAGUGGUGAAAAUGGGAACAACUAAGAAAUAAGGCUGUCACUUUUGUGUCCCUGACUAAUGUGUCUUCUAGGGCAAAAAGGACGAUCUCCAUGACAUAAGUAGCUUCUGAAGAGGCAGGCAAGGCAAAGUAUCUGGGAGGGCAAAAGGGAAGGCUGCACCUUGGGUCUCUUACCUGUCUAUAAUUCUCACCUCCUCUGCUAUCCUAUGCUUCCUUCUAAGCCCCUCCUAGCCUCUAGAUGCAACAAAGGGUAGAAUGCAUUUACAUAGUUCAGCCCUGUAUUUUUCACAAAUUUCUAUGUUUUAAAAUACCAAUAGGAAGCUGGAUGUGGUGGCACACACCUUAAUCCCAGC